CGAGGAUUGGAUUGGAGUGCCAGGCUUCAAGGAGGGAGCACUCUCUUCCUCUCUCUCUGUCUGCUACAUCUUUGUACUAAUCACAACUUUGUUGCUUAGUAAGACUCGAGUUAAAGCCAUCCCUGAGACUAGAAGGCACGCUAGACAGACAUUUAGUAGAGUCAGACACAAGCAUACGCGCUAGACUUUGCAUCAACCCACUCUCAGCACCAGCACCAGCACAAGCACAAGCAAUACUAUUCGCAAUAUACCAUCUCACCCUUCGCAAAGCAUUGAGCAACAACAGCGAUCUCCUUCAGUCUCUUCCUCAACUCACUACACUCAAUCAUCCCCAUUGCAACUCCCCGUACAAUGUUCCCUUCUUCGUCCAAAGUCAAGCUCAAUGCUGCUGGAAUGAGCCCCGAGUCUUCCAUGCUACUACCCGAGCGCGAGGUAGCUAAUGAAGAGGAGCGAGUUUUGCUCGCUUGUCUCGUCGAGAUCUACUCCCCUACCUCCUCCACCCCAUCCGAACAAACGCUCCGCUGCUUCGCACCCGACGUCCUCUACUCCUCACCCAGAGGUGAAGUCCUGGUAGGCCACUCUGGCUUGAACAAGCUCCAGUCUUCCUUCCACGGUAGCGCCGCCGGCCGCUCUAUCACGCACCGACUGCUGAGCACACCAGAGACGCUGCCUGCGGGUAGUCUACUGGUGGACCAGAUUGUUGGAGGACACGCAGAGGGAGAGGUGCUGGCGGUAGGAGCUGUGAGGAGCUUGAUUGUACUCAAGAGGAGGGCUGGAGAUGGUCUGGUCUGCAGUAUGAGCGAAGAGGAGGGACACAGGAGGGCAACAGCACCUCUAGCCGUACGCGCCGCCUCUGCCUCCAACUUCCACUCGCCAACAGACAAUAUGCUCUCCCCCUGCACCUCGAAGCUGAACUUAGCAAAGAAGAAGCACCACACGAAAGCCAAGCCCAUCAGCCUCUUUGGACCUCAGAAUGGAGCUGCUGGAGCUGCUGCUGCCGCUGGAGGAAGGAUGCAGGUGAGGAGCUUGGGCGGAGCGGGUGAGAGGAUGAGUAGCAUGGAGAUGUAAAGUGAGGAGCUGGCGUGGCCUGCUACCACCACCUUUGAGCACUUUGCUGGGCCCGAUACCUCCGAUUCUCUUCCCACUCCUUCUCUCUCGCCUUCUUUGGCCGUGCUUACAUCGACUUUUCGUCCUCUCAAUUCGUCUUACCUGCUUUGUCCUCCCACACACACUUUCGUCUUUUCUUCUCCUCUUCGCUCCUUCUUUUAGCUCGUGACCCUUGCUCCUUGUCCUUCUCUUCUUCGCAUACAACGUCUCGUCAUAUACACAUGCACACAGAGGCGUACACACACAAGGGGAGUGAGGAGCGAGGGAGCGUGAGAAAGAGAUUCUUUCUCGGAUGUCAUCGAUGUGAUGAGCUGUUGUGUGUGCUACAUGAAUGGAGUGAGAAAAUUGCAAAA